AUUAAUUUGCUUAUUAUGUAGCUAUGUACGUACUUGUAUUCUAGCAGCAAAGCAAAGAGGAUCGGAUCAGAAGAAAAGAAUAGUUAGGUCCCGGUGGUCGAUCGAACGAAGCUGCUGCUGCUACCGGCCGGCCGGGCAUGACGAUGACACGGACGAUGUGCCUAGGCCUGCUGCUUCUACUACUGGCGGCGGCGUCGACAACGACGGCGCAUUUCACGGUCGGCGAUGUGGAUGAGUACGUGUCCAAGCGCACGCAGGAGUCCCGCCACAGGAACAACGGUGGCGCGGGCAUCGAUGACCUCAUCUCCAGUGCGGCGCGCUUCCACGCCAACGUGGAUGCACGCGCCUAUGGCCGUCGAUCCGACCUGCAGGAGGAGGCAACAGCUACCGUAAUAACCAAAGCGGAAGCACAAGAGGCUUCAGCUGAAGGUGGCGAUUAACCUACCUAACCAUAUUAUUUAUUCAUUCAUAUGCAUGCAUCCUUGUUGCUAUGCCAGCCAUUCUUCUAUCUUCUUCUAUUUUAAGCAUCCUUGCUGGAUUUCCCUAUAUAUUAAGCAUUCACUAUAUGCAUGCAUGUGUAAGCAAUCGACCAUAUAUUUUAUAAUAUGUAUACGGUGUAUUAUCAAUAAUUGUUCUACGUUUUCUUGUU